UCUGAUGUGCACGUCGUACAAGAGCGGCACUUCUCAUUCAGAGCGGUCUGCUUCAGUGCUGAUACCCGUCAUCCAACGAAGCAGCCCAGCGGCCAUCUCUCCGGACAGGUGGGAUGGUGGCAGGGGAACCUCGGAGCCUGCCGGAGGGCAGAAGUCAAAUGCGAAGAAUAUCCCAAACUCUGUCUGUUCAUCAGAAACCGCCGAGGAAAUCUCGCAAGAAGCUCCAAGUUAUCAUCUGUGUGCUGCUUGUGGAGUUGUGUGAAAGGUUCACCUUCUUUGGGAUUGUUUGUAACAUGAUUCUCUUCUGCACUGUGAAGCUGGGCUAUGGCAACUACCUGGCCGCAACAGUCAACCUGUGCUUCAUAGGAGCCAGCACCCUUACUCCUGUUCUGGUCGGGUGGUUCGCAGAAACGUUUUUAGGACGGACUAAGGUGCUCUACUUGUGUGCUUUUCUUCAUUUCUUUGGCACGACCAUGCUGCCAGUGGUGGCGUUCCCCUUUGAAGAUUUCUACAUCGACACUCAUCACAUGUCCCACCAGCUGGACACUUGGGAGCAGCAGAUUUUGUUCUACAUGGGCCUCCUGGCCGCUGCGCUGGGCAUCGGCGGAAUCCGGGCCAUCCUUUGUCCCAUGGGAGCCUACAGCCUGCAGGCCUACAACCAGCACCAGCUCCUGUCGUUCUUCAACUGGUUCUACUGGCUGGUGAACCUGAACUCCACCGUUGUGUUCCUGGGCAUCGCUUAUAUCCAGCAGUCUGUGGCCCAGAACCUGGGCUUCCUGAUUCCCUUCACCUCCGUGCUGCUGGCUCUCAUCGCUAUUCACAUGAUGCGCAACAAACUCACCUACAAACCAAAUAAAGGUGGAUCACUGCUGACCACACUGGGAGUUUUUCUGAACUCUCUCAGGAUGUGCUGCCUCCACCGUCGCCACCUGAGUGGAGAUGUGGGUUCUUGGCUGGACCGGGCGAAGGAGAACAACGGCGGACGGUACAGCGAGACACACGUGGAGAACGUGAAAGUCCUGACCAAGCUGUUCCCUCUGUAUGGACUUCAGCUGCUGUACAGAGCCUGCGUCACACAGAUUCCCUCUGGGUACUACAUACAGACGAUGAACUCCAACCUUCACCUGGAUGUCCUUCUGCUGCCGAUCGGCGCCAUGAAUGUGAUCAGCAUCCUACCUCUGCUGCUUCUGGCCCCGCUGAUCGAGUUUGUGACCACCUGCUUCCUCUCCAUGGAGAAAACUCCUCCGGCACCUGCCAAAGUCAUAACUCUGGGCCAUGCGUGCGCCACCCUGUCUGUCCUGGUGGCAGGUUUGCUGGAGCUGCACAGGAGGGUUUACCCCCUGGUGGAGCAGACUCUCUCUGGGAAGGUUCUGCAUGUGUCAUCGAUGCCGUGUUUCCAGCUGGCGCCUCAGUACAUCCUACUCGGUGUGGCCGAGGCUCUCGUCACCCCUGCGUGUUCUCUCAUAUCCUUCCAGCUGACCCCGAGCCACAUCAGAGGAAUAUCACUGCACUUCCUCACUCUGUCCUAUGGAGGGGGCUGUUUUUUGGGAGCCUUCAUCGUUCAGCUGGUGUAUUUUUUCUCUGGAGGUAAAUUCUACCCAAACACCCUGCAAGAAGGAAACCUGGAAGUAUUCUUCUUCCUCUUGGCCACGUUGAUGGCUCUAAAUACUCUGGUAUUUUGGAGAGUGUCGUACAGGUAUGUAGACCUGAGCGUGCAGGGUAAAGCACUGACCACCAGCCCUCUGACUGAGAAGCUGCUGCAUUACAAGGCCACUCUGCGCUUCUACGACACAGUAGAACACCUCUCCGUUGACUCUGUCCUCUGACAGCUUCCUCUGAGAGAGCUCCAACAAGCGGCGCUGGCGCUGCACAUUACUGUCAGAUAUCGACAACAUGAGUGUUUGUAAGAAUGAGAAUCCAUGAAAUGUGAAUGUUUUUGUGGCUUUUACCGGAAAUGAACAUAUACUGUAGUUAAACAAGUGUGUGAUGAAAACUUUAUUUUGAAUAAACAUUCAUAUACAAGUGAAUUCAUUUUAGUUCAGUUGGAAAUCAAAUAAAAAACAUAAAGAUGUCAAUCACAGCUCCUUUAACCAGUGACUGAACUUAUUGGAAAAAAGUAUCUAUUCAGUCAAUUACAGCCAAAAUGUCUAUUUUAACAGUAAUAACAUAACGGUUUAAAUUUGAAUGUUAUUUUUUGAUCCGUGAUGUCAUUUCUUUAUCCUGUCAGUGAAUUACAUCAGUGUCGGAGGUACUGGUGUAACCAACAUUUUGAUUUAAUCAGUCCUGUCUCUAACCAGCAGAAAGGUGUUCAAAGUUUUUAAGGUCAAAAACUUCCGAAUAUUGUUGACUUGGUACAAAACGGUUUAGCUGUUUGAAAUGUUUGACUCUACAUGUUUAAAGCAUAUCUGAUUUUCCUGUCAUUUAACUUACUAAAACUGGAUAUCACGUCAUUAGUAAUAGCAUUUCUUGCAAAAAAAUCAUCAAUUUAUGCUUCUUAUUUGUUUACUUUGCUUUGCUACAACAGGUCUUGAAUGUUAUACCUGAUAUAAUAAAAUAAGUACUUGGAAAGCUUUUUAAAAUGUCAUGGUGCAGCGAGAGUUCAGAAAGAAAACAUUAAAAGAAAUUAAUUGUAUUUCUCUCUUUGAUUUUUUACAUUCACAAAAAGCCUGCGAAUAUGUUACCUAUUGAUUUCUGUAUAGAUCUUAAAUGUCUCUGUCAUAAAAA